AUGCUGGAGAAGCUACGAAACAAAAGAGUAGUUUUUGUUGGUGAUUCAAUUGGAAGGAACCAAUGGGAGUCUCUACUUUGUAUGCUCUCUAGUGCUGUUCAUAACAAGAGCUCUAUCUAUGAAGUUAAUGGGAGUCCCAUCACAAAGCACAUGGGUUUCUUGAUCUUCAACUUUAGAGACUACAAUUGCACUGUGGAAUACUACAGAUCCCCUUUUAUAGUCCUUCAAGGCCGUCCACCAGCAGGAGCCCCUGAGAUUGUUAGGUACACUCUUCGGGUGGAUGCAAUGGAUUGGAUGUCUGACCGGGGUAAGUGGAAGGAUGCUGAUGUAUUGAUCUUCAACACUGGGCAUUGGUGGAACAAUGAGAAAACAAUCAGGGGGGGUGCCUACUUUCAAGUAGGCGAUGAGGUCAAAAUGGGCAUGACUGUUGCAGAUGCUUACAGAAGGUCGAUACAGACAUUGUUCGAUUGGCUUCACAAAGAAGUUAACACAAGCAAGACUCAUGUCAUCUACCGUACAUAUGCUCCUGUGCAUUUCAGAGGUGGUGACUGGAAGACUGGUGGGAGCUGUCACUUAGAAACUCUUCCAGACGUGAUGCCAGUGAAGUCCCUGGAUGAAUGGGCUGACUUGCUUCAACCUGUGGAUGAUUUUCUAGGGAGCAAUCUCGGAUCCAAGUUGGUUGGUUUAGACCUGCUUAAUGUGACGAGAAUGACAGCUCAGAGAAAAGACGGUCACCUCUCAGUAUACCUGAGCCCUUCAGGACCUGUGCCCCGCUACAAACAGGAUUGCAGCCACUGGUGCCUUCCUGGAGUCCCUGAUACCUGGAAUGAGCUUCUCUACGCCCUUGUCAUGACGAGGCAUAAGAAGAUGGGUCAGAAUGCUUCCCUUGCUGGCACUAGGACACCGAACACUGAAGAGGGAGAUGUCUUCAGCUGA